AUGGCACCAACCCGCGUCGGUUUCAUCGGCCUCUCAAAAGUAGGCUGGGCACCUAAAGCUCACCUGCCCUACCUGCAAUCCUCCCCGGACUACGAAAUCGUAGCCAUCUGCAACUCCACCGUCGAAUCCUCCAAGGAAUCUAUCAAAGCCUACGGGCUUCCUUCUUCCGUGAAAGCAUAUGCGAAUCCCCAAGAUAUCGCCAACGACAAAGAUAUCGACCUAGUCGUCUGCAGCGUGCGUGUAGACAGGCAUUACGCAACCAUCGCUCCGUCUCUCAAGGCAGGCAAAGACGUGCUCGUCGAAUGGCCGCUCGGCAAGAACCUCGCCGAGGCGGAAGAGCUGCUGAAGCUGAAGAACGAGGGCGGCGUGAAGAACGCCGUGGUUGAUUUGCAGGCGCGGCAAGCGCCCAUCGUGAAGAAAAUCAAGGAGCUGGUGGACAGCGGGACGAUUGGGGAGGUGUUGAGCUCGACGUGGACGGCCGCCGCGGGGCUAGGGGGAGCGAGUAUUACGGCGGCGUAUCAGUAUACCGCGAAGAGGGAUGUGGGGGGGAAUAUAGUGACGAUUCAUUUCGGACAUUCGAUUGAUUAUAUCCAAGCUGUCCUAGGAUACGGCUUCUCCACCGGCCCCAAAACAACCAUCGCCAACCGGCGCCCAACAAUAACCCUUCUAGACAACGACGCCACGACCAUCCUCAACCCCACCUUGCCCAACACCUCCGACGACACCGUCUUCCUAACCGGCACCCUCACCUCCUCAAUCCCCAUCUCCGUAUCCCUGCGCGGCGGCGCCCCUUUCAAAGGGCAGCCCGGUCUCGACUGGCGCAUCGCCGGCUCCAAGGGCGAAAUACGCGUCACUGCCUCUGGCCCAUUCCUGCAAAUCGGCUUGCCCGAUAUGAAGGUCGAGGUACACGAUCAUGCGAGCGACAAGGUACAGGAGGUGGAGUGGGAGGAGGAGUUUGCGGCGUUGGAGUUGCCGGCGAGGAAUGUGGCGAGUGUUUAUAGGGAGUUGAAGGCGGGGAGGAUUAACUGUACUUUUGAGGAUGCGGUCGAGAGGCAUAGGUUGAUUAAGGAGGUUUAUAGCGAUAGUGGGAUUGAUGCGUAUGGCGGGUUUUAA